AUGAAUAUAAUGCACCGGCAACGUGAAUCAACAUUGGUGAUGGUUAAGGAAUUAAGUCCGAGAAAGGAGAAGGUUAUUUCUAGAAUAUAUGUUGAAUCCCAAAAUUUGAGAGUGCAUUGGUCAUGUAAUUGGAGGUUUGAGGUAGUUGAUGGUGAAAAAUCCUUUGCUGUUGAUUUAAUGGAUAAGAAUUGUUCAUGCAGAGCUUGGCAGAUCAAUAAGCUUCCAUGCAAGCACUCUUGCGCCGCUAUUGAGUUGAGGUUGUUGUCGUUGCAUGAUUUUUGCGACAAGUAUUUCAAGACUGGAAUGUAUCGUCAAGCAUACAAAGGAAUUAUUAAUCCAAUUCCAACUUUUGACAUUAACGAGUCAAAUCUUGAUGAAGGAAAUGUAAUCAAUGCUCCUGAUGAGCAUAGUCAGCUAGGUCAUAGGAGGACUAAGAAGAUACCAUCUCAAGUUGAAACACGUGUGUCAAAGUAUAGUCGUUGUCAUAAGAAAGGCCACAGCAGACGUAGUUGCAAAGAAGCUAUAAACUAG